CAACGGUUAGUGACGCCGAGGCCAGCAUAGGAGGCGUGUGUGCAGCUGCUCUGCAGGUCGUUUCCCUACACAAAUACUUCCUAAUUAACAAAAGAGACCUAACCGACGGGGUUAAGCAACGAUGGCCGACUGUGACAACAAAAGCGCGAAUUUACUAGCGCAGGAAACAGCCCAGCUGGAGGAGCAGCUGCAGGGCUGGGGUGAAGUGAUCCUGGCUGGAGAUCGCGUCCUGCGCUGGGAGAAGCCUUGGUUCCCUGGAGCCCUGAUUGGUGCAACCACCGUGCUCUUCAUGUUGAUUUACUACUUGGAUCCUUCAGUGCUGACCGGGCUGUCCUGCACAGUCAUGCUGCUCUGCCUGGCUGACUACCUUGUGCCCACCCUGGCACCCAGAGUCUUUGGCUCCAAUAAGUGGACCACCGAGCAGCAGCAGCGUUUCCAUGAGAUUUGCAGCAACCUGGUGAAGACCCAGCGCCGCACCGUUGGCUGGUGGAAGCGUCUCUGCGCCCUCAAGGAGGAGAAGCCCAAAAUGUACUUUGCCUCAGUGAUCAGCAGCCUGCUGGCUGUGGCCUGGAUCGGACAGCAGGUGCACAACUUGUUCCUCACCUACUUGAUCGUGAGCUUCCUGCUGCUGCUGCCCGGCCUGAACCAGCACGGCAUCAUCACCAAGUACGCCGGCAUGGCCAAGAGGGAGAUCAACAAACUGCUCAAACAGAAGGAGAAGAAGAACGAGUAGAUGGAUGUGCAACAAAUCUCUGAAAGACGAACGACAACAAGAAACGGAAGGUGGAAAGUUUGUUUGACGAAAAGAGGAGAGCAGAAAGUUCUUUAAAAAAAGCCUCCUGGUUCCCUGGUCUCUGCCACAGAGGAAGACACACUUGGGUUUUUUUUUUUUUUCCACAUUGGAUACGUUCAGAUUCUCCCUCACACAUUUGGCAUCAAAACCUCUUCACCAACUUUUUUCUUUAUGAAUUCAAAGGCCAUGCAUGAAGCCAUCACAUGAAGUUUAUCUGCGUCACAUGCAACACCAAAAAGCUUGGACACAAAUGCCCACCCCUUGACAUGUACACACAGCUGAGCCCUUCCCUUUUUGUUUCUUAGUUAAAGUGCGCUUCAAUUUCAGAUGUCAGUAAUGCUUUUAAAGCCUCCCUGGACAAAGUGACUACUGAGCAGUUCUUGUAGCAUUACUGCAUCAUUUUAACCUCUCAGAUUCCUCACUUGUUUUUAUCACAUCAGAACAGGUCAAUUUUUUUUCUUCUUCUGCUUUUGUAUUUAACACUAGCGCUUAAAACUGGAAUUAAAGCAGAGCACUUCAGGAGUGAAACUGUUGAAAUACAAGCCUACUGCUGUACCGCUGCUAGCUGGACUCUGUGGUCUAUUAGCUCUUAUCUAAAGCCCCACUGUCUGUUACUGAUGUGGGCUGUUUGUAAAUAGGCCUAUCCCUCUUUCUCUCUCAGUCAUCCUUUUUCUCUCCAUGAUAUUUAUCUGUUCCUUCCUCCUCAGCCUCUACUAUUCUGGUCUGAUCACUGUCUUUUAAUUCAUUUCAUUAUUUGUCUGUGUUUGAGAUCUUUAUGAAACAAAUAAAGUUUGGUUUAAAAAGAAA